AUAUGGAAGGACUGGGAAGAAACUGAGAAGGAAUUUGGGGUACUGGGAGGGAACUGGGAGGACUGGGAUGGGACUGGGAAGGAAUUUGGGGGUUUCUGGGAGACCCUCACACCAUUUCCCCCCCCCCAGCGUAAGGGGAAACGCGUGGGGAACCCCUGCCCCAUCUGCCGGGACCACAACCUGCACGUGGACUUCAGGAACGUGAAGCUGCUGGAGCAGUUUGUGUGCCCCCAUUCCGGCUCCAUCUUCCAUCCUACGCACACGGGUGUCUGCAUGAAACAACACAAACUGCUGCUGAAGGCCAUCGCUCAGGCACAGGACCACGGGCUGCUAUGGCUGCGGGUGCCCUUCGUUCCUCCACCAUCAGACGAUUACCUCACGCCGCAUUCCGCCAUCGGGAAGACACCUCCGGGCCCACAGCUGAGGGAAGGCCGUGUGUGGUAUCCGUGGUACGAAUGGCAGCAGCCGCCCGCAGCCGCCAUCGCUCGCCUCAGGCGUAUCUAUAAGGAUUACCUCAAGGAGGAGGAAAAGGGGGAGGGGGGAGCAGCUGUAGCCCUGGGUGAGGGGCAAAAAGCGGGGUCUGAAAUGGGGGUGGAAGGGCAGAAGGGAGGAGUAGAGGGGUAAAAAGGGGGAACGGAGGGGUGAGAAGGAGAAUAAAGAGGUUUUUGUGGCUCGCAACUGUGUUUUUUCCAGGCUUUCAGGAUGGCGGCAGUGCACACAAAAUGGCGGGAAUGGGGAAAAAAAUGGCGGCCGCGCCCACAAAAUGGCGGGAAUGGGGAAAAAAAUGGCGGCCGCGCCCACAGAAUGGCGGGAAUGGGGGAAAAAUGGCGGCCGCGCCCACAAAAUGGCGGGAAUGGGGAAAAAAUGGCGGUCGCGCCCUCAAAACUGGCGGGAAUGGUGAAAAAAUGGCGGCGGUACCCUCAAAAUGGCGGCCACGCCCACAGAAUGGCGGGAAUGGUGCAAAAAUGGCGGCCACGCCCACAGAAUGGCGGGAAGGG